AUGGUGAUGGAAAAUCACGUGGAGUCUCCCGAAGAGCGUGCAAGGAAGACAAAAUCGUUCCUAGUCCAUGCCGUGGACCACUGGGAGGCUGAGUUUUAUGUUAAGGUCAAUGAUGAUGUUUAUGUUAAUAUUGAUGCUCUUGGAGCUUUGCUCACAAAUCAUUUGGACAAACCUCGUGUGUACAUUGGAUGCAUGAAGUCAGGAGAAGUUUUCUCUCAGCCGAAGCACAAAUGGUACGAACCUGACUGGUGGAAAUUUGGCGAUGGGAAAACAUACUUUCGGCACGCAUCGGGUGAAGUAUUUGCUAUAUCCCGGGCAUUAGCUCAGUUUAUUUCAAUUAACAGAUUGAUCCUCCAAACUUAUGCCCAUGAUGAUGUCAGCGUGGGGUCAUGGUUCAUUGGGCUUGACGUGAAGCAUGUCGAUGAAGGGAAAUUUUGCUGCACGUCCGAGUCAUCAGGCGCCAUUUGUGCUUCAGCCUGA